CAGUUGACACAAUCCGGCUGUCAGCUGUCACUGUUGUCCUAUAGAUAGAUGUUUGGAGGCUGUGAGAUAGUCCUUUUUUGGGUGUGUUUUUCUUGCCAUUAGAUCGUAGUCGUUUAAAAGAUUCCUCUCAGGGCGAUGCCUUGCCGACACCGCGGCAAUUAUCGAAUCACGAAAGUUUUUUCAAAUGUGCUAUGCAGUGGUACAGUGUCCGUUACGACACACGAAUAGUUCUAUGGGCGCUCCUUUUUGUGCAGUUGCUCCUAAUCGCCGGAUUUUGGGUGCUGCAGCAAGGUGUGGGCGACUUUAAUGACGGCGGCGACGAGCAGAAUGCCGUUCAGGACCAUUUCGCUGUGCAUUUCGUCAAGUCGCAGUUACGUUUCGACAGUGCCUCGGAGAGCGGAUUGCGUAGUUCCGGUACGGGAAGUACCCAAUCGACGGGUGAUAAGUUAAUUGAGGUUAAGCCAAUUAGUCAAUUUGCAUCUGAUUAUGUGAUUUUCACCGAGUCGGGAGACCAGUUUGCGGAGAACCUGACAUGCUUCCGGCAGGGAAUCAUCGACAAUGGCUUCCACCAGACGAAAAAUGUGAAGCAGUGCCGCUGUCAGCCCGAGUGGCAUGGGAAAGACUGUGGCCAACCGGAGAUCCUCUGGCGAGCCUUUAUGACGAGCAAGGCGCCGUUGUUUCUUUCCGAUGCACGGCAGCAACCUCACAAGGUAUUCUACAUGAUCACAGGUCAUUUUUAUAGCCUUGAACUGCUGGAAAUUCAAGUGAUGGAACUGUUCGGAUGCGUGGACUAUUUUAUAAUCUGCAACAAGCGUCCACCGGGCACCCCGCUCGCCUCACGACCUCGACUGAAAAUGAAUUUUGCCACCGACUUCCUCGACCGAAUUCUCCUCAUCGACCGGGAACCCGAGUCUGCGACAUGUACCCCGAAAUCUGUUUAUAAACUAUUUAAAAGUAAAGUAAGCCAAAAAUCUAUAAAACCUGAUGAUAUUUUUGUAGUAAGCAACAACGAUCAAGUCCUAAACAAGAAAGCAAUCAAAUACCUGAAGUACUACGAUAAUUCACCUGGCCUGAUACGGUUCCGUCUGAAGUACAACGUGUACGGGUUCUUCUGGCAGCAUCCGGAGAGCACGCGGCUGGGAAGUGGGGCCAGUACGAUCUUACAACUCGAGGAGAACUACAAGUCGGAUCCGGAACGUUUGCUGCUGGCGCGGAAGCCAACAAUAAUUGUCGGAGACCUGAAUCACUUUGGAGGGUGGUACUGCGAGUACUGCUAUCAACCCAGCGAAAUUGUCGAUCGGCUGCAAAUCGAUUCGCCGGCGAUAUUCCCGCGCUCAGUGAAAAACCGACAGAUCGACAGCAGCUACAUCCAGAACCUGAUCGCUAGUGGCCUCUAUGUUGACGGGAAGUUAGGAUUGCACAAGCUGCAUCGAUUCUCCGAUAAGUACUACGCGCCAGAACAUGCAGAGCAGAAUGGCUGGCGCUUUGAUAAUAUUUUGAUGAAUUUAUUCUUGACUUUUGACGAUGACGACGACUACGAGAACUGAAGGACCGGAAUAUCAAAAGAUUGGUAAGACAUGCGAAGAAAUUGAGAACACAUUUUGUAAUUUAUGCACUUUGUAGCAUUGACUUGGAAGCAUUCAGGGUAAAAUGAAUCGAGUCUGUUGGAGUAGCUUUAAGAAGGGAGUUUGUGAAGUGAUUUUGGCUUGGUAAGAGCCUGGUUGUAUGAAAAGCAUUACUUUCGCGCGCAAUUAAAGUCUGUGCAGUUGUUAUGAGUUCGCUUAGAGUCAGCGUGAAGGAAGGGAAAACCGAGUUCGGGGUGAAAACCAUGCGUGUCUCUCCAAAAUUACAUAAUUGAUCUAAUUUUCUAUCCUGAUCCCGCGAGUGAACUCUGGGCAUGGGGGUGAUCCUCCUCUUUCGAUAGGCUUGCUUAGAGUUUAUGUUAUAUGCAAUGUGAAAUUUGACUGGGAACUUGGUUGCAAAGUACUUUGAGGGGACUAUGACAAACAGAACAUGACGUGCUUCGUUGGUUGGCAGUUUUUGGUGUUGCAAAUAGCUAGGUAGGUCCUCCUAAGAUAUCAUCUUUCGUGAGCUCAUUUGUUUCCGGAAAUGUUCCGAUUUUUUUUGAAUUUAUUGCUCAGUAGUUUCGUCGUCAAUGAGGCUAUGGUGGUUGGAUCUUGCUGAUUCCACUUGUCUUUAUAGUCUGCUGAAUCGAUUUUACGCCACGCAUGCUGGAAACAGUUUUUAAUAGAGGCUGUUGAUACUUGUUGGCAGGAUUUUGCCAACAUUGCUAUAUCAUGUACUAACCUUAUUUUGAUCGUUUGAGCAUCCUCAAUUGCGGGAAUGUAUUUUGUCAACACUAGCAUAGAAAAUAAUCUGUUGUUCAUUAAAUUCUUUCACUGACAAUUAUUUUAAAAGGAUUCGAGGCCCUUUAUCAUGCCUUAGUUGUGAGGGAAAAAUUUCAAGUUGAUAUUUUUGAGAUUCUGAGUACUUGGUAGACCGACGUAGUUGUCCACAAUUACAAAAUCUUCACUCUUUGUCUUAUCAUCUGCUCUGAUUUUUAACUAUUCUGGGGAGCAUUUUUCUUCCUUUAAAUCUCUGAUAAAUAAGAAGGGAUAGAUUGGUCAAUGUAAUAUUUUCCGUUUUGUUCGAUGUCUUUUUUCCAUCCUUCAUAGAGUUUCAUUAUUCUUCAUUUGUGAAGCUUGCCUUCAUUGGUAGAAAACUGGGCAAGGUGCUAAGUUACCGCCUCAUCCAAAGGUAAUGUUAUUUCACGCAGUGAAAAGUGUUAAAGAGGCUGAAACAAAUGAAAGUCUGAUGACCAAAUGUUAGUCGAGUAUGUUGGGUGGAGUGGCACAUUCCAUUCUAGUUUCUACAAUUUUUGAGGUCACAGAUGUCUGAAGUCUCACUUUGUCGUGAAGGAGCACAAUUCCUUUACAAUUGAUGAGCAAUUUUUUUAGAUGAAACUGACUAUUUUUUUAUCCUAUAGAUUUCUACGAAAUUUGGUGCCAUGUAACCAUGUGCCAUGUGAUAAGUGUCUCUAUUUAAUCGUCAAUGACUUCGGUAAAACUUCUUUAUAGAGCAUUUUUAAUAUUGAAACGGCCAGUGCGACAUUUUUAAAAACAGUUAUGCCAAUUUACCUUUUUUGUGGAGCAUUGUUAAAGUGAACUUUGCACAAUUUUUAAUAAACUUCACGAGUAUUCUCUCCUUAACAAAAUUACAACAGUAAAAUAUGACGAAAAUGCAUAGUUUGAUCCUCUAUCUUUUAACUUGUUUUUAAAUUUGCAAAACUCAACUAAACCGCUCAAUUUUUUGUUAAUAAUGGAAUUUAGUUGUUAUACAAUACUCCAAGAAACUACUUUUGUUGGAUGUAUUUAAAGAUCCGAACAUGUUUCGAUUAACAACACAAUGACAGCUGCACUAUGUUCAACUUAUCAUCAGACCAGUCAGACUGACUGGUUUUAUGUAAGAAUUUAAAUUUUCAACAGUUUAUCAGCCAUUGCUAUAAAAAUAUUCUGGACGAUCAGUCAAUCAUAAUUUUGUCAUUCUGAAUGACGCCAAACAGAUGAAAUACUGAUCGUGUAAUCCAAAGGACUAACUGAGCUCCCGCUCUUCUCCAUGAAUUCGCCGAGGUCCAAUAUUGUGAUGGGUUUUGAAUUUUCGUUAAUGUUCUUUUUUGAUGAUUGACUCAAAAUAUGUAUAUAUUCACAGUAAUUUAGUUGCUUUGCCUUCUUGUUUGCUUCCUUGCGCAACGCUUUGUAGCAAUCAAUGGCUGAGUUUACUUCUCGUGAUGUUUGACCGCUACGUUCUUCGUUAGGAUCAUGUUGAAGAAGAAAGUUCAUUCCCUUUUCGAAAUAAGAAAGCGCAUUCGUUAAGGUUUCUACUGUUAGCUGUAUGGAUAUGGAUAUGGGAAUGUUGUAUGGGGCCAGCAAAAUAGCGGAGAAUAUCUUAUAGAUUAAUUAAAAUCGAUUCACUGUCUGUCAAGAAGUGAGAAGGUUAGAAAAGAGUCACCAAAUUAAGGAUCAUUUUUAAGGUUUCGUGUAAAACAAAACCUUGUUAAAAAACGAUUCAAUGUCUGUCUGUCUGUCUGUCACACAGACUUUUCUUCAAAACGGGCAAACCGAUCCGAACGAAAUUUGGUGAA